AUGAAAGACACACGCAACGAGGCAGUUGCAGCUUCGGAAGUCAAGCGAUUUGCGGCUCGAGCCAACCCGGUUGCCGCUGUUAGGCCAGUGCGCCGUCUCUCCGAUGACUUUAACAUGACUGAUGCCAGCGAACACAUCUCCGGCCUUGAGGAUGGGACUGCCGGAGAUUCCAGACGUCUAUCGGCCAACUUGGAGGCUGCUCCUCAACGUUCCGCCGAGCUACAACAAAGGAAUGAUCAGCAACCACCCAUUCUGCCCCUCGUGGUUGCUAGCCACGUGGUGCCAAACAAUCCCGUGCCAUUGGACGUCGAGGACUUCGAUCGCAAAAACUGGGACGACCCCUUCCAGGUUUCGCCCUACGCCAAGGAUAUAUUCUCCUAUUUCCAAUCGCGAGAAGUGAAAUUUCCUAUCGGCGACUACAUGGCGCGACAAAAGAACCUUACUACUGGUAUGCGAGCCCUGUUGGUUGACUGGAUGGUCGACGUCCAGGAGAUUUUAGAGGUGCACCACGAAGCCCUGUAUCUUGGCGUUAAGAUCGUGGACUUGUAUCUCAACCGCAGGGAGAUUUCCAAGGAGAGGCUGCAGCUGCUGGGAGCCGCCGCUUUCUUUAUCGCCUGCAAGUAUGAGGAGCACAAGCCACCUGGAGUUGUUGACUUCCUCAAUGUGUGCGACGGGACUUACAACCGCGAAGAGCUGUUGGCUAUGGAGCGUAAAGUGCUCCGCGUUCUUAACUUCGACCUUGGCAUUCCGCUCUCCUACCGCUUCCUGCGCCGCUAUGCCCGGUGCGCCAAGGCACCGAUGCCGACUCUGAUGUUAGCUCGUUACAUUUUGGAGCUUUCACUAAUGAAUUACGCGACGAUCUCGUUCAGCGACUCUCAGAUGGCUUCGGCCGCCCUAUUCAUGGCCCUGCGCAUGCACGGUGGAUCAGGACAACUACACCAGCAGACCUGGAACUCCACUCUGAUCUACUACACUGGGUACCAGCUGGCGGAGUUUGCCCAGAUCGUGCCGGUGCUGAAUGCUGGUUUGCAUUGCGACGAGCAAGCGGACAUCAAGACGAUAAGGCGAAAGUAUUCUCAUAAAAUUUUCAACGAAGUGGCAAAAGUGCAGCUGCUGACCAACGAGGAGCUGUUCCGUAAUAACCUGGAUCUUCACGAAAAAAAAAGGACAGCCUCUAAAUUUAAAAACUCCGAACAUGCGUUUUAG